UUAUCACGUUUUAGUUUUUAGAAAUAUCACUAAGCCUUACAUAAACGUUUAAUUGUACUUUUUCAGUCCGCCAUGACAAUCCUAAAGGGCUGUUUGAUUUUCAUAGUAAUGGGAUUAACUCAUGGAAACCAGAACCCAAUAUUUAAGGCUAACGGGAAUAUCCUAUGGAAAAGUGACGGUUUUCAGUUUGUAGAAACCACUUCUACAACAGUCGGUGGAACGGCUUCACGAUUUUCUACUCCUGUUCCAGUAGUGAAGGAAAGCAUAUACUCCAUAGCCCCGGAAGAUUGGACACGGGUAGGAGACAGUGUGUCAGACUUGAAAAAUGUUCAUUUAGAAUCCAUUGAUAACAAAAUCCAGAAUUUAACGAUAAAUGAGUCGAAAGCUCGUGCAGAUAACAAUAAUGAAGCGUCUGACGUUAACACCGUAUCUCAGACAGAUAGGGAUUCUGUUGCAAGAAGUCUGGAACAACAAAAUAUAAAUAUAGUCCGGAAUAUUAAAAACAGCACAAAUGUGAUCAUUGAAGGUGCCGAUAUUGUUCUACAAAAAGUUGAUUCAGGCAGUGAUAUGCUUACAGGAGAAAAUUCAACAAAAUAUUUUAUACCUUCCACUACAAGUCCAACACGCAACAGUGAUUUAGAAACCCCAACCCACAAUUCAACAAAAACUACUGCUGAAAGCGGUGACAAGUUGAACAGGUUGCUUUCAAGUCCUGGAAUAAACGAUAUCAGCACAACGACCGUCACAUACAUUCCUGAAGAGAAAGUGUCCGUUGUAACAGAGACUGUUGAUACAACGAGCCCAAGUAAAUCACCUUCUUCAGCAGGAUCCAUUUCUUUAGAUUCUUUUGUCAACAUGCUUUUGCCAAAUGAAGUAAAGGAUCAAGUAAAAAAUAGGGAAGGUUUAAGGAAAGAAGCAUUAGAACCAAUAAAUCCAAGUCAAACAACACAAAAAUCAACCCAGAAGCCAGCAACAGUAGAAGUACCCACAUCAAGGGACUCCACAGCACAAGAAUUAUCAUCAAUGGACACAACAAUUCAAACUUCAGUAAUUAAAGAAUCUACAACACAGGUUCCAACUAUACAAGAUAAAACAAGACCAGAACAAAGUAUUCAAGAGAAAAUAGUAAACCAGCAAAUGAUUAAAGAUAUUGAUAAACAAAAUCUACCAAUUCAAGGGAAAAUCCGAAAAUUUGGAAACAUUACAGUGCCCCAUGAUGUGAUCCUUGAGGGCCCAAAUGUUGGUUUGCAGGAAGUUGUCUCCGAAAAUGAAACUAUAGAGAUACAAAAAUAUACCACCAAAAGUCCGCAGUCAGCUUUUUCGACAAGUCAAAAACUUACAACUGAAGAACUAACCACUCUUGAACCAACAACUUCAAACGCAAUCACAACUGAACCAUUUACUUCAGAAGCAACAACCCAAGAGCCAAACACUCCUGAAUCUGCAAAUCUAGAACCCACAACUCAAGUUCCAAUUUCUAAAGUGCCGACAAGUCCAAAAUCAAUCACUGAAGAGUUUUUCACUCCAGAACCCACCAAUCAAGUAAAAACAACUUCAGAACCAACUACAUAUGAACCAACUACUGUUGAGACUUCUGCACAACCAACUACUCUAAAACCUACAACAAGAGAACAAACCACAUCUGAGCCAACAACGUCAGAACCAACUUCUCCCGUAUUAACAACUACAGAUAAAUUCAUUAAGGAUACCUUUACUCAGGAUACAACUUCUUUUAGACCUAUCACCUCAGACCCAACAUCAUCUAAGCAAACUUCUCCUGAGCCAGCAACUCCAGAAAGAAUCGCCCCUGAACAAACAACUUCAAAACUAACUUCUCUAGAAUCUGCAACUAAAAUCACUGAAGAAUUUAUAACUAAAGACUCAACCACACCUGAACCCACAACUCCAGAACCAACCACACCAAAACCCACAACUCCAGAACCAACCACAGCUGAACCAACCAUUCCCAAACCAACCACUCCUGAACCCACAACUCCAGAACCAACCACACCUGAACCAACAACUCAAGAGCCAACCACACCAGAACCUACAACUCCAGAACCAACCACACCAAAACCAACAACACCUGAACCUACAACUCAAGAACCAACUAUACCUGAACCAACAACUCCCGAACCAACCACACCUGAACCUACAACUCCAGAACUAACUACGCCUGAAACAACAACUCCAGAGCCAACCACACCAGAACCAACCACACCUGAACCCACAACUCCAGGAGCAACCACAGCUGAACCAACAACUCCAGAACCUACAACUCCAGAGCCAACCAAUCCUGAACCAACAACUACAGCAUCAACCACUCCAGAACCAACCACACCUGAACCCACAACUCCAAAACCAACCACACCUGAACCCACAACUCCAGAACCAACCACACUUGAACUAACCACACCUGAACCAACAACUCCAGAAACAACCACACCUGAACCCACAACUCCAAAACCAACAACACCUGAACCCAUAACUCCAGAACCAACCACAGCAGAACCUACAACUAUAGAACCAACCACACCUGAACCAACCACUCUAGAACCUACAACUCAAGAACCAACCACUCCAGAACCAACCACAGCUGAACCUACAACUAUAGAACCAACCACACCUGAACCCACCACUCCAGAACCAACCACACCUGAACCCACAACUCUCGAACAAACCACACCAGAACCAACUACUCCAGAACCAACCACUUCAAAACCAACCACACCUGCACCAACAACUCCAGAACCUACAACUCCUGAACCAACCACACCUGAACCUACCAAUCAAGAACCAACCACACCAGAACCUUCAAUACAAGAACCAACCACACCUGAACCAACAACACCAGAACCUACAACUCAAGAACCAACAACACCAGAACCUACAACUCCAGAACCAACCACACCUAAACCUACAACUCAAGAACCAACCACACCAGAACCUACAACUCCAGAACCAACCACACUUGAACCAACAACACCAAAACCUACGACUCCAAAACCAACCACACCUGAAACCACAACAUCAGAACCAACCACUCCAGAACCAACCACAUCUAAACCCACAACUCCAGAACCAACCACACUUGAACCAACCACACCAGAACCAACCACUCCAGAACCAACCACACCUAAACCCACAACACCAGAACCAACCACUCCAGAACCAAUCACAUCUAAACCCACAACUCCAGAACCAACCACACCAGAACCAAUCACAUCUAAACCUACGACUCCAGAACCAACCACACCAAAACCCACGACUACAGAACCAACCACACCAGAACCAACUACACCAGAACCAACCACACCUAAACCCACAACCACACAACCAACUGCACCUAAAGGCACGUCUACAGAACCAACCACAUCAAAACCCACAACUCCAGAACCAACUACUCUGGCACCAACAACUCGUAGUUACAUAACUGCUAAGCCAGCAACUCUGAAACGUGAAACUUUUGAACCAGUAACAUCUGUAACAACAACUACUCCCCCACCUCCUCUUGAAACUUUGUGUCAAAAUAGCGUUUUUAUUGAUGGCAUCGGAUAUAACACAUAUCCAGGACAAUGUAACAAAGUUGUUCAAUGUUACUUCAACUACGAUCAAACAAAAGCAGUUCUAAGAGAAUGUCCAGCUGGGUUAUUUUGGCAUCAAGAUCACGCCAUGUGUAAAUCGCCAGAAAAAGUGCCGUGUUACGAUGAUCAAUGUCUCAAUAUUGGUGUGAAUGCCUAUGCAAGAUCUGGUGGAUGUAGGUCCUAUUAUUCCUGUGAAGCGGGAAUUUCUGUCCCAGCCUGCUGUGAUAAGGGAUUCCGCUUUGAUGGUCAAGGCUGUGUUCCGGACAGCUCUUGCAUGGAUUCCUGUGAAACUCCAGACGACUUAAGACGACGAGUAAAUCAACAAAUGUGUAGGUUCCUACCAGAUAGUGGCAACCCCUAUGGAUAUCUUACUCUAGAGCACAGUGGUCUUCGAUUUAGAGCAUGUCCAUACGGGACAGCGUUUAGUGCCAGUCAGUGUAUCUGUACUUGGAAUCCAACGCAAACCAGAUCAUACCCACAGCGAGAAGUUUGUAAACCUGACUUUAAGAUGAAUUUCGAUGGAAACUUGUUCAGGGAACUUUCUGGAUCCAACAUGGCUUUCUACGUAGAAAACGCAGUUAUUCAAAAUGGCGCAGCAAAGUUCAAUGGAAACGGAAAGAUUACUUUGUGGGGUUUUAUGAACAAAGAACUUGGAGAUGAAUUUGCUGUUAGAGUUAGGUUCAAGCCACUCCAGACAGAGGGAGGGUACGGGAUGCUAGUUUCUAACUGUGGAUAUGAAGGUCUACCAACAGUAGAAAUCUCUAUGCAGGAUAAAAAAGCGAGACUGGUAGCUAAAAGUUUGCAUUCCAAUUCUCCAUCCAUCUUAGAAUAUCACAUAGUCCCAUAUGAAUGGAAUGAAAUAUCAUAUCACUACGAUGGCAAUACGUUUACUGCUGAAGUAAAUGGGUACAGCAUCUCAGAGAAACUUACUGGAGGAAUAGAGACGAGCUCGAACCCGAUGUUUAUAGGGGGCUGCCCCAAACCCGGUUCUGGAUUCAAUGGUUUAGUAGAUAAUGUUGAAAUUUACAGCAAUUGUGUUCCUUCAAAUUUCCUACAAAACUAGAGAUGACAAGAAAUCCUGCUCAUUAAGAAUCAUAAUUCCAUGUCAUUAUUCACUUUCAAUGAUAAACAUUUGCUUUUUAUUUAUUAUACAUCUUUAUUUAUAUUCAUACUCAUUUGUAAAUUGUGAAACAACCUUGUACAACAAUCAUUCCCUCGUUCAUUUGUUUGUAUCUACCAAUACGAGUAUAUAUGUACAUUCUUAGAAUU